GGGUUACAGCUGUGUGGAAAAUAGUCGGUCGAUAUUCGCAUGUCGGCAUUUACUCAGUAGCUAUGUAGUGUAGCUUACUUAAAAUAACGUAGCUGGAAGUCGAUUUUAUAAUGUAUACUCCACUGGAAAAGAUAGGUUUGAUUUGUUUGUCGGUCAUUGCCUUCCAGAUAGCCCGAACAAUUAUACGACUUCUUUACAAUAAUCUGAUCGGACCAGCUAUGAAGAGAAAUGUGAAUUUAAAAGAAAUGGGACGCUGGGCAGUGGUGACUGGAGCUACUGAUGGUGUUGGCAAGGCUUAUGCUAAAGCUCUGGCUAAACUGGGGAUUGACAUCAUUCUGAUAAGCCGGACAAAGACAAAGCUAGAAGCUGUUGCCGCUGAAAUUGAGUCUCAAUACCAUGUCAAUACCAAAAUCAUUGAGGCAGACUUCUCUAAUGACUCGCAUGAUGCGUACCAUACUAUAGAAAAGGAACUCUUUGGAAUGGAAAUUGGCAUCCUGAUAAAUAAUGUUGGCAUGAGCUACCCUUACCCUGAAUACUUCCUGGAACUUCCAGAUCGAGAUAAAGUGUAUCCACAGAUAAUUAAGUGUAACAUCUCUUCUGUGACCAACAUGACAAUGAUGAUUUUGCCUCAGAUGGUUGAACGUAAAAAGGGUGUUGUGGUGAAUGUUUCAUCAACUGCGGCUAUUAUUCCAAGCCCAAUGUUGACAAUUUAUGGGGCAUCUAAGGCUUUUAUUGAGAAGUUCUCAAAGGAUCUCGCAUGUGAAUAUGGAAAACGCGGAAUUGUCAUCCAGUGUAUUUUGCCAGGAUAUGUUGCUACAAAAAUGAGCAAGAUCAAACGUUCCACAUGGAUGGCACCAACACCAGACGUCUUUGUUGAGCAUGCUCUUCGCUCGACCGGAAUUCAACAGCAAACCACCGGAUAUUUCCCACACACUCUAAUGGUUGGUGCAAUAAACUUCAUGGGCUGCAUUUCACCAUCAUUUGCUCAAUGGGUAAUUGUGCGCACUAUGGAAACCAUCCGAGGCAGAGCAUUAAAUCGGUGUCAACGAUAGUGUGACAUUAACUUCACAUUUCUGUCAGACAUUCAUUACAGAUGGUUCAGUUUUCUUGUUUACAUGCAUUUAUUUUUAUAAUUACAUAUCGUAAUUUAUCUAAAUAAAGUUUUACAUCUGACACUAAUUCUAGAAACAUGAAUUUUAUAGGCAGACAGGAUUUACCUUAAUGUAGGCAUGAAUUUAAGGAACUCACUUUGAAUAUUAGUUUUGAAUCUCUUAAAGUUCUAUAACAAGGGAGAAUUUAUUUCACUAAUGCAAUUGCAUGUCACAAUCUUACACUGAGGGAGUGAUUACGUUUAAGAACAUAAAGUUGUGCAUGUGCAUGAAGUUGAUUUUCUUUUUAAACAAUAAAAGAAAGAGUAGAUUUUAA